AUGAAUCUCCUUUUCCUUUUCCUAGAGGAUCUUGCUGUGGAGGAGACGCUGUUCCAACUCUCCGCUGAGCUUCAGAGUCUGAACAAUCCAGAGAAGAUCGCCGAACAGAUCAGCAAGGAUCUGACCUGCCUUUGCUCCCACCUAGUGGCUCUCUGGACUCAGUUCCUGGAGGUGGUAACCCUAUAUCCAGACGUCACGGCCUAUCUGGUCCAGGAGCAUCACACUCUAAGGGUAAGAAGAUUCUCCGAGGCUUUCUUUUAUACGGAGCAGCAAAAGUUGUCUGGGCUGACUUUUCAGGAAAGCCUCAUCCAGCAUCACAGUCAAGUUUCUUCAGAAGUCCGGACCUCUGAGUACCUCACCAGCAUGCCACCCCUACCUGUAGAGUGCCUCGACAUUGACGGAGACUGGAGCACGUUGCCAGUCAUUUUUGAAGAUAGAUAUGUAGAUUUUCCUUAUAAAGUUCAGGGCUUAGACAUUUUGUCAACCUAUGUGGUUUCGGCUGUAGACAAUUUACAAGUGGACUUAGCAAAUACAAACGAGUUGCCCUCUUCAAGUGAUCACACUGAACUAGCAAAAGAAGUUUUCCCGGAAGAUACCCCAUUCAUCAUCCAUACAGACAGGAUAAACAGGAAAUCAAUGUAUACUUGCCGCUAUCCGGAGAAAGAUUCCUCUGUGGCCGAGGGUUUCAAGGACCACAACACAACUCAGGUAUAUGGAAUAAAUGGAGAUGGUCGCACCCCUGGAAACCUCUCAGCCCCUGUUAGCAAUGUUAUCUCUGGUAUGCAAUCCGAUCUUUUGAAAACUACUACAGUAGGCCUUAGGACACCCAUGGAAUUUUUAGAAAAUGAUAAACACACAACAGGGGAGACACCUUUGAAUGUAAACCUAUCUGAUAAUGGCGUCCUUGCAGAAGAACCAGCGCUAGUCAUGACGGCCCUCUAUAACGGCGGCCCAUGUGUACCACACACACUUUUGGAGGGGUCUGAAUCCAGCUGGUCCACCAAACAUGGCGGGUCUCCUGUCCCUUCAGACAACCUCCCACUUAACGAACAGAUGGGUCUUGAGAAAGCAGUGGAUGAUCCAGGAGGUGAGGCCAUCGAGCCUGCCUUGAGCACCUUGGAUAUAAAUAUCCAUGUUGACUCCCUGAACCAAACAGAAGAUGGGGAAGAGGCGGACUCUCUUCAGAAGGAGCCAAGGGGGCGGCUGUGCGAAGAGUUCACUUUGACGCUGGGGGCCAUCAAGAGAUCUUCAUCGUUGAUCUCGGACUCAGGAAUCGAAAGCGAGCCCAGUUCGGUCGCUUGGUCGGACGUGCGGAGCAAGGCCUCGGGGCUGCCCAGCGAUCAGGAGACGCUCCACCAGCUUGUCAGGAGGCACGCGGUCCACCGGAACUCCCUGGAGGGCGGGCACACAGAAAGCAACACGAGUUUGCCCAGCGGCAUACAAGCCUCCCUCACCUCGAUCAGUUCUUUGCCGUACGAGGAGGAAGAGCGGGAGGUGGAACUCAACAAGUUAACCAAAUCGAUUUCUGCCCCUCAGAUCAGUAGCCCUGAGGAGUCGGUAGAGGAUAAGGAUAUAUCCAAAUGUGCAGAAAACCCCUCAGACCUCACAGAGGGACCAUGUGUGGAGAUAAGAUGCGCCACAACGUUAACAGGAAGCAUUCCUGAUUGUCAAGGUGACCGAGAAAGCAACGGGUCAUACAUGCCCACAACCGUUGACUUGGAGGAAAAUGGCCGCCAUUCUCACUCAUCCAAAGAUGUCGAUGGCUUUCCAGAGAUGGACCAUAGACUGGAAGGUGGAAGAGAACUUGAUGUUUUGAAACAAAAUUUGGACGGCACAGUUCACCUCAGUGGGUUCGGGGAGGAGAGAAAUGUAUAUGUGGGCCACAGUCUGUAUGCUGCAGAGUCUUUCUCACACGAUGAGGAUCAGACACUAGACUUUUGCUAUCCCAUUCCUUCCUCCUCAGAGGGAGUGCCCCAAGAUGUCUCCUCAAAGGAUUCCUGUGGCAGCCCAGUUACCGGCAACAAAACCGCAACGUGCGAUUUGGAAACACCUACCUUUCAAGAAAUUGAACUAGACAACAGGCCUGGAAGUGAACCGCACUGUGCUGAGCCUGAAAAAGGAGUGCUCAGAACUGGGGCCAGUGGUACAGGGUGCCACGCUGUGGUACCAGAAGCGUUGGUUCUUGAGAGCAAAAAGGCCGUUGAGGUGACCAACUUGUCUGUUUCGUGCACGGCAACGUGUCUUCCCUUUUCUUCCAUCCUUAAAGAUUCCCCGCCCAUGGCUGGCUUUUCCUCCAAGCAAACCACAUCUCCCAUCACCCACCAACCGGUGGGCUCCUUUGGAGUUGUCUCCUGUGAGUCCAGAGAUGCAGAUGAAGAAACCAACGAAAGAAUGCUUAGUUUUUAUCAGGCAAAAGAAAAAUUUAAAAAAGAAAUGAAGAUGGAAGGAUUGCUGUACAGUGACUUACCUGUCCUCGCUUCUGAUGUCCCGUAUUUUCCGCCAGAAGAAGAGGAAGAGGAUCUGGAGGAAGGAAUUCAUCUGGUCAUCUGUGUCCAUGGGCUGGAUGGUAACAGUGCAGAUCUCCGGCUGGUCAAAACAUUUAUCGAACUGGGCCUUCCGGGUGGAAAGCUUGACUUCCUGAUGUCUGAACGGAACCAGACGGAUACGUUCGCUGACUUCGAUACUAUGACCGACCGAUUGCUAGAUGAGAUUAUUCAGCACAUUCAGUUGUACAACCUGUCAAUCUCCCGAAUAAGCUUCAUCGGACACUCUCUUGGCAACGUCAUCAUCCGUUCAGUAUUAACUCGUCCCAGAUUUCGCUAUUACCUCAAUAAGCUGCAUACUUUCCUGUCAUUGUCUGGCCCUCAUUUAGGAACCCUUUACAACAACAGUACUUUAGUGAGUACAGGUCUGUGGCUCAUGCAGAAGCUGAAGAAGUCUGGGUCGCUUUUGCAGCUGACCUUCAGAGACAACGCAGAUUUGCGGAAGUGUUUCCUCUAUCAGCUCAGCCAAAAAACUGGUCUUCAGUAUUUCAAAAAUGUAGUUCUGGUCGCCUCACCACAAGACCGCUACGUGCCGUUUCAUUCCGCAAGAAUAGAAAUGUGUCGCGCUGCAUUGAAAGACAAACAUACCGGUCCCGUUUACGCCGAGAUGAUCAACAACCUCCUCCAGCCGGUGGUCGGGGCAAAGGACUGCACUUUAAUCCGUCACGACGUCUUUCACGCUCUGCCAAACACGGCCAACACGCUAAUCGGGAGGGCCGCCCAUAUUGCGGUGCUGGACUCGGAAUUGUUCUUGGAGAAAUUUUUCCUGGUGGCAGGACUCAACUAUUUCAAGUAAGACCACGAGCCUCAAGGGAACAACACGAGUCAAACACGGAUCGGGGGAAUCGAGUCGAGUGACAAGACGGCUGUGCGACUGGGAAUGAUGGAACAAGUCAGAAGCGAGGCGCACUCCGUCGAAGUAUUUUGGCGAGAAUAAAGUGCUAUGGCUAAUACCGUAUUCAAAGGGCCAAACUUUGGUGCUUUUUUUGGAAGAUGUAAACAUGCCCAUGGUCAAUUUCUGUGUCUGUGCUCGUUCAUCUGUGGGUAUGUCCUCUUUCCAUCACUUAAUUUGUACCUGGGGGGGAAACAUUUCUUUUCAGGUUCUCUGUGGUCAUCGCAAGCAGAAAGAAGCCAACUCAGGUUAAAUUCCUCUCUUUGGGGGCAUCAGAAUAUAUGAAAGGAAUUAUUAUGAAUGGGAACUUGGGAAUUUCAGCACUUUUGGGAGGAGGGGGUAUCCUAUCAAUAGCAAUCCAUUAGUCUCUGUGUAUAAAACUCUACUUUUGCAGCCAAAAUGGCUUUCUCUUUAUGAAUUCUUUCUGUUGACAUGACCUGCAUUUGUAUACAGAUUCUUUUUUUUUGUAAGGCAGGGAUAUAAACCUCUUCCCCUGUAACACAGCUAACAUAAGAGAUAGUAGCUAAGGUGCUUACUUAAGAGGGGAUGUCCUUGGAUUUGAGGACCAUAAUUUGGGGCCACAUUGGAAUACACCAGAAGCUGAAUUUGGCCCCCGAACCUUCAGUUGCCUACAUGAAGAGGACUGCAAAGAGAACUGUCUGUGGGUUGCUUGGUUUGGCCUAGAAGUACCUUCUUUUGAGUCUUUUAUGUGUGUAAGCUCCCAUUCCAUGCUGUUCCAUUACGAGUUCAGUUGAAAUUAACCGGGCUUUAACCUUAUAUUAACCCAGCUGCUAGACGUGCCUUCUAGGUUGACUCCUCUCCUUUCCCUCGAUUAAUUUGCCCUCUGCUCCCUUUCCCGCUUUUGAGAUUCGUGCAGAAAGGGCCAAUGACAGUUCAAAGGCUCUUCUCGCAAGCUUGAUGUCCCAUAACAUAAACAGAACUGACUGCAGUGCAGUCAUGGGACUUUUGUUGGAUGUUUGACAUGGCGAAGGCUCAUGCGACACAUCUUGGAGCUCUUUAGAUAUGGCAGCCCCACCUCCUUAAUUCUUUGCACGCGUGUCCAGAUUGCAGCUCAGCAAACUGUAGGAAAUCCUUGAGAAAAGAAUCGCCUGUCUUGUGUAUUUUUAUCCCACCCCUCUUCCAAGCAGUGCAAGGUAGUUCUCGCUUACAAAAUGUAUCCUCCCAAUAACCCUGGAUUACCAGCUUCAAGGUCAAAUCUGAGCUACAGAACCCCACUAAGUUUUAUACUCACAGCCAACUAUACCCUCCCCGGCACGGUCUCCAGAGUUCCAGGUGCUAAACCUGGAGUUGGCAGCCUUAUCCUUCCAGAGGUCACCUGCAGUAUUGACUUUACCACAUCCUCUUAUUUGGAGGUCCUUAUUGGUGAAGUUCUGCCACAUUUAAGAGGGAAAUAAGCAUUAGAAAGAUCAAAGAUUUUUUUAAUGACUCAAAGCCACGGGGACACAUUAUUUUACCUUUACAUACCAAGUACAAGAGCCCAGUGUGGUGUAGUGGUUAAGAGUGGGUGUGCUCUCAUCUGGAGAACUGAGUUCGAUCCCCCCACUCAUCCUCAUGAGGCUUGCUAGGUGACCUUGGGCCGGUCACAUUUUUGUUAGAACUCUCUCAGCUCCUGCAGAGGAAGGCAAUGGCAAACCACCUCUCUUGCCUUCAAAACUCUGUGGAGUCACCAUAAGUCAGCUCUUUCCACCACCAUACCAAACAGCUAUGCUCUUUCCGUGCAUAUAGCUGGGUGUCACAAAUGGCAAAUUCCCCCAUAACAGAGAGAAUAAAGAUGCCGUGGUUCUCCCAAUGCUUGUGUGAACACCAGAGCACAGCAGAGCUUUGGGCCGUAGCCUGUAUAACUUGUUUCUGUUUCUUGUUCAUGUUGUUAUAGAAGUCCAAUGUUAAACCUUUGUCCCAUUUAUACUAUCAGUGGCAGAAGCUGUAUUUUGUAUCCAUGCCAUGUUCAGAAAGGAUCUGUCUGGAAGUUUAGGACACCCCACAGAGGGAUCCUGGUGAAGCAGAUGGAACUUUGGAUAAGGAUAUCUGAGUCCGAGCCACCUGUUGACGCCAAGGGGCAUUCUGGGUUGACCUCCUGAUGUACCAUCAGGAGAUAUAUCAGACGUUGUUCUUAGUAAUUUUGGUUGAAGACGCUUCUCCCACUGAGAAAAUCUGGAUCAUAGGUGAUCCUCUGAGAGUGGAAUGUAGUGCCACCAACCACCUUUAGAAUGUGUGGCAGUUAAAUCAAAUGUAGAAGUGUUGUUCUUUUCCAUACGAACUGUUGGAGACGUCAUCUUCUGAAAUGCUGCCGCAAAUGUGUCAAAAUUAUAGGCAAUAAUUAUCUGAUCUGCUAAGGAUUUGAAGCAAUCAGAUCUUGCUCUUUUUUUAAAAAAAAUUGGGAUUUGUCUUCGUAAAGACCUUGAGUAUUGUAUAAUCCUGUCAUACCUAAAAUGCAGUUGUACAAAAAAACCUCACAUUGCAAUUGUGUAGGACAACACGUACAUAUGGGAACAUCACUAGGAUAGGAUUCAAUUUGGCCUCCUUUGAAAAGGCUUUUAAAACGUCUCUUUCUAUUGGGGAUGUAUAAAUACAUAGAUAUGUAUAUAUACAUAUAUAUAUACAUACAUAGAUAUAUAGAAAUAUAUUAAAUGACCUCAUUAAUGGCUGUUCAACUCGUAAAGAUAU